UUCAGAUUGGCCAAUCAAACAAAGUCUUGUCUUUGAAGAGUCGGUGAAGCUCAAGAGCGAGAUUCAUUUCACUCAAGUCACAGAUUUGAACAUGAUGACAUCUCUAAAGUUUGUUUUCUACCUCACAUGUUUGUUCUUGAGAAAGGUUACUUUAGCUCAGGAGACACAUCAGUCCUCAUAUCAUCAAGAGAGUGACUUCAAAUCAGUAAAUGUUGGUGAAACUGUAAUUUUGCCAUGUUUCUAUGGAAAUGAUGUGACAGCAAGACUUUACUGGUAUAAGCAAACUCUGGGUCAGAAACCAAAGCUCAUUUCUUCAUUCUACAUCUAUGAUGGCAAGGGAUUUUUUUAUAAUGAAUUUGUGAACAAUUCACGUUUUACACUGGACACUGAAAAUAGUAAAAACCACUUAAGUAUUUCAGAUUUACGUAUUUCAGACUCAGCUACUUAUUAUUGCGCAAAUAGUGAUUCAGCCGUGUUCGAAUUUGCAGAAGUCAUUACAGUCAGUGUAAAAGGUUCAGGUUUGAAUAUUAACACUUUAGUUCAGUCUUCAUCUGAGACUGUCCAGCUCGGAGACUCUGUGACUCUGAACUGUACAGUACACACUGGGACCUGUGAUGGAGAACACAGAGUUUACUGGUUCAAAGACUCUGAAGAAUCUCAUCCAGGACUCAUAUACACUCAUGGAGGCAGGAAUGAUCAGUGUGAGAGGAAAAGUAACACAAAAACACAAAACUGUUUCUACAACCUGCCAAUGGACAACCUGAAUCUGUCUCAUAAUGGGAUCUACUACUGUGCUGUUGCCUCAUGUGGAUACAUACUGUUUGGAAAUGGGACCAAGCUGGAGUUGAAGAAUGAGGAGGUUUCUCUUGUCUUGGUGUAUUUCCUGAGUGGCGCUUUAGCAUUCACCACUAUUUUGACACUUUUACUGGCUGCAUCACAGUACAUACACAGGAGAAACAGCCAGCAAGCUACAGAUGAGAGAUUUUCGGCUUCAUACACAAUAAACUCAGAGAGUUUCCAGGCUGAAGAAAACCUCCAUUACGCUGCUUUAAGAGUAAAGAAGGCCAAUCGAUCCAGAAGUGAGACAGAUGACACAGAGGAUAAAUGUAUCUACUCUGGUGUUAGGAAAUAAACUCCUGUUUCAGAUGUGUCUUUGAGUAACAAAGUUCUAUUUUGUUUUUCUGCUAAAAUGUAAAUCAUUACUAUAAACAACACAAAAAUAAAAACUUCUCCCUGGAUAUGAAGUUUUGAAGGGAACUGAAUUUGAUAUCAGGCAGUUAUGUGUCCUUUUAGCUUUUAGCUGAGACUUCCCAUUCACAGUGGAAGAUUUCAACAUAGUUACAGUAUGAAAUAUGCAAAUUUUACCAAGUCACAUGUCUAUCAUUGCUUGUCCAGAAUGUAUGUAAUGGAAAUAUACCUUUGGGGAAACAAACUUAUCUUACAAGUAUUUGAUUUUCACAAACCCAGACAUUUUUUUUUCCUUUCUUUCCUUUUUUACAUGUGGUUUAAUUGUAAUAAUAAAAUUUGUCUUUUCUCUUU